AUGUACAAAGAAACAGAACUUAAUGAUGCUAUUAAUGUUAUUUUACUAUUUGAUUCACAGGUAGAUCCCUCCACCUGCAGAAUUUCGAUGGCUCUGUUCAGAGAGCUUGGUAAUUGUCAACAUGCUUGCAUCGAUAUUCCUAGUUAUACAAAUAUUAUUCGAGAAAGUAGAGCUAUCAAUAUUGUAGUAGAUUCAUCGAUUACUGGUGACAACAGAAUUGUAGUGAAUCCAUUAUUAUUUGGAACCGAUACAGACCUCCCAACAAUAAACACUGCAACAAUAAGACAAUUAGAAAAUACCAUCGAGAUGUUGGAAGCAGUUAAAAUUUUGCUAACUGCAAAUUUAUAUGAUAGGUUACAUAACCUUGGAAAAAAGGAAGAAAUUUUAGAAUUUUUCAGAAUUAAAUACAAUUUACAAGAAGAUAAAUCUAUAUUGAAUAAAAAUGAAUCACUAGAUAUCGUACAUUGCAAAAUCAUUGAUUGUUAUCCAUUUAAUCAUGGAUUUGUCAACUUUAAAAAGACUAAGUUUAUAUUUAAGAAGGAUAUCGACAAUAUUUUGGGAUUAAAGACUCAUUUUCCAAUUUUAAAGCAAGAAAUGCCCUUGCAAUCUGUCGAGCUUCCAAUAAAAUGUCUACCUAUACCUAUAACCAAUGAUUUAAUAAAACCGUCUCCUCCUAAGGAUGGAGAUUUAACCAUAUGUGGCUUUGUUAGUCCUGAUAUUCUAUUAGCAUUAGGAAUUGCAAGUGGAGAUUCAGUUGUCAUUAUGUCUGAACAUAACAAGAAAGCCAUAAAAUUAUAUACUUUACUAUCACCCAGUUCCCUCCCGAGCCAGAUAUUGUACCUUCAUCCUCGCAUUAAAGCGUCAUUUACUGGUAUUCCUAAAAUAAAGAUAUUAAACAACUCACUAACUCUGUAUGAUAUUCAUGUGACUCCAAUUGCAUCAGUUGUUUCCUUGGCGAAGGUAGGCUCUUUACUACAAGUACAGAAAGUGCAUCAAAGUAACAUUAUUUAUAAUCUACAGGUCUAUUUUAAAUCAGCAAAGAGAAUACUUCAAAAAGGUGAUAUGAUUCCUAUUUCAUUUGAUAGCAAUGUUUCGAGCAACACAACAGAGUCCAAUAUAAUAUAUCAACAAAGUAAGAAAAAAGACUCUCUUGUGUGGUUUAUUGUGGAUCAGAUAAAAUAUGACAAGACAAAUAUAAUAUCUCAAUACAGUGAUAUUGAAAUUGCUGCUGUUGAUCCCACUCAAACCAAACUUCUAACAUCUAAUAUAGUUUCUAGACAAAAUAUGACCAAAACCGAAUGUGAUCUUGGGAGAUUUUUUAAUCUUGGAAAGAAUAUCGAGUUUAACAAUAAUAUAUUUCCCUAUGUACCAAUAUUGAAGAAUAGAUUGACAGUACUAAAUUCCUGCUCAUCUAAAGGUAUCGCACAUGGUGCAUUUAUUAUUAUUCAUUCACAUACUGCCAAUGUUGGAAAGCGACAAGUUGUCAAGAGUAUUGCGCUUGACCUGGGAAUUGAACUUAUCGAAAUAGACUGUAUGUAUUUAAAUGCCACACAAGGAACAUUAGAUGAUGUCAAUAAAAUAAUUGCCACUAUAGAAGCUCGAUUAGAAGCAAUAUUGCCCUACGUUCAUUCAUCCAUUGUUUUACUCUCGCAUUUGGAUGUAAUAUUAAUGAGAAAAGAUGCAAAUCAUGAUAUAAUAGGUGCAAGAUUAGCUGAAAUUCUUGAUAUAGAAUUAACUCAUCUAAUUGAAGAAUAUUCUAGCAAUUACCCUGGGACAAUAUUUAUUUCAACUAUGAAUGAUUAUGACAAACUACCUUCAAAUUUACUAUCUAUAAGAACCUUUGAGCUAGAAAUUCCAGUACCUUCUGCAUCUCAAAGAACCUCGAUCUUUAAUUGGUAUUUAUUCUUUGAAAAUUUAAACGAAGUAUCUUAUAAUAAUAUUGUUAUUCGAACUACUAGAGAUAUUGAUAUUGCUAAGUUUUCUCAAAUGUCCGCUGGGUUAACUCCAUUAGACAUAAAACUGAUCGUUGAAACUUCUAAGUCUAAAUGUUUAAGAAGUUAUUUAAAGAACAAGAAUUCGAGAUUUGUAAAAGGAGUACCAAAUAUUUGCUAUAUGUCUAAUGAGGUCAUUAUAGGAAUGAUUGAUGAUGCAAGAGCUGAAUAUUCUAGAUCAAUUGGUGCUCCUACGAUUCCAAAUGUUUUGUGGGAUGAUGUAGGUGGUGUAGAACAUGCUAAGAAGGAAAUUUUAGAUACCAUAGAUAUGCCUUUGAAACACCCAGAACUAUUUUCAUCAGGAAUGAAGAAAAGAAGUGGUCUUUUGUUUUACGGCCCACCGGGUACUGGUAAAACAUUAAUUGCGAAAGCUAUUGCAACUAACUUUUCAUUAAAUUUUUUUAGCGUUAAAGGUCCAGAACUUUUAAAUAUGUAUAUUGGAGAAUCUGAAGCUAAUGUUAGAAGAGUAUUUCAAAAGGCAAGAGAUGCAAAACCGUGUGUUAUAUUUUUUGAUGAAUUAGACUCUGUAGCACCAAAGAGGGGUAAUCAGGGAGAUUCUGGUGGUGUGAUGGAUCGAAUUGUUUCUCAGCUACUUGCGGAAUUAGAUGGAAUGAACUCAAACGGUGAUGGAAUUUUUGUAAUAGGCGCUACCAACAGGCCCGAUUUACUAGAUGAAGCAUUACUAAGACCUGGUAGAUUUGAUACCUUAUUAUAUCUUGGUUUAGCAGACACGGAUGAGAAGCAGAUCAAUAUAUUACAAGCUUUAACACGAAAAUUUAAUCUAGCAGAUGAUCUUAAAUUAGAAGAUAUAGCUAAAAUGUGUCCAUACAAUUAUACUGGUGCAGAUUUUUAUGCAUUAUGCUCAGAUGCAAUGCUUGCUGCUAUGACGAGAGUUGCUGAGGAAACUGAUCAAAAAUUAAAGGACUAUAAUAAAAAUAAUGAUAAACAGCUUUCUAUUAAACAAUGGUUUGACCAAAUAUGUACACCAGAAGAUAUUACAAUAAAAGUUUCAAACACAGAUUUUGAAAAAUCCUUAAAACAAUUAGUUCCUAGUAUAUCAGAAGGAGAAUUGCAACAUUAUUUAAAUAUCAAACAUAAAUUUGAAAAUUCAAAAGAAAAUAAGCCUUAG